CCCAACAAGUUUAGAGAUCUGUUUUUUAUUUUAUUUUAAAAUUAUUAUUCAUUAUCUGUCAUACCGAUUAGACGGAAUAGUAACAAAUAAAGUAAUAUGUGCAAACACUUGUAAAAUAAUCAAGUAAGACACCUAAUUUUGAAUACAUGAAUGCAAUGAUUCUAACAUCAUAUUGCCAACGUAACGUCGUAUCAACGUCUCACAUUAUAUUCUAUCACAUUCUUCCACUAUAAAAAAAAAUUACUGUUACAUCUAAAAUCUUGUAAAUAUUUCACUAUUCUAAUUAACACUUUUCUAUAUAUGCGCGGUUUUUAUAUUUCCUUUCAACCCAUUUUAUCUAUCCAGCAAAAUAUUUCUGGCUUUCACCCAAAAAAAAUUUCUUAGCAGUUCAUUCCCAACUGGUUACCACUUCUAUCCAAUUUCAUUAAUUUUGGCUGCUCAAGGCCUUAUUCUUCCUCUUCCAUAAAUGGCUUCCCUAAUCCAAUCGAAUCUUACACUCAUUUCGAAAUAUUAUAAUUAUUCAUUCAUACAAUAUAUUAUAAUUCCGAAAUGUCUGGAGCAAAUAACGGAUCAGGAUCAGGAUCAGGAUCAGAAUCAGGACGGCACCCGGUAUAUAAAGGGAUAAGAAGAAGGAAAAGUAGCGGAAAAUGGGUGUCAGAAAUUCGGGAGCCGCGUUCCCCUAAUCGGAUUUGGCUCGGCACAUUCCCGACCCCGGAAAUGGCUGCCAUCGCUUAUGACGUGGCAGCACUUGCACUUAAGGGUCGGGAUACCGAGCUGAAUUUUCCAAACUCCGCCCCCUCUUUACCUGUCCCCGCUACCAACUCGCCCCGGGAUAUCCAGACUGCUGCGGCCUGUGCGGCCGCAGCAAUUGGAGCAGCCGGGGACGCGUUAAUAGGAGGGCGGAGUAACAAUAGUAAUAGUAAUAGUAAUAGUAGAACCGUUUCGAGAGACGUGGAGGAUAAUUAUUUGAUACCUAAUAAUAAUGAGUACAAUUUUAUGGAUGAAGAUUUGAUAUUUGAUAUGCCAAAUGUUAUUAUGAAUAUGGCUGAAGGGAUGCUACUUAGUCCACCACGUCUCAACCACCUUCCUCCAGAUGAUGAUUAUAUUGGUGGUGCUGAUCAAAAUCUAUGGAAUUAUCCAUAGUUUCAUCCUACAACAAAUAAAAUCUUACUUUCAAGUUUUUUUCAAUUAAUAUAUAUACUAAUAUAUGUCUAUCCUACUCUCGUUAUUCUGACCUAUAGGUCACAGGUUUCGAGAUUAUUAAAGAAGAUAUUAAUGUUACACUAAUACUUGCAUCAUGUUAGGAUGUCUACAUUACGUUCCUCGGAGUUCAGCCCUCUUCUGGAUCCUUCUAAUACGGGGAUGGGAUGCUAUGUGUGCCGGACUAUAAUGAGUAAAAAUAAAAUAAGAUGGAAAUUAGUGACUAAAUAUUAACAUUAGCUUGGAAGGCUACUGCAGAUGAAAGGAUAUGGGGAUGGAUUUGUGUUUUGCAUGUUCUUGAAUUCUAGUUUCUGUUAGUAAAUAAUGGGUUUUUACUGUUGUAAA